AUUUCCUGAGACCUUAGGAGGGCCUUCCCGCCCUCCGGGGCCGCACACCCACGGAGGCACUGCAAGCUUCUGGGCACUCUGUGAGGCGAAGGCCAGUCCAAGUCAAACCAGGACCCUUCCUGUCCUGUGAGACCAAAGAGCAACAAUGAAUGAGGUGAAAGAGUCCCUCCGCAGCAUCGAGCAGAAGUACAAGCUCUUCCAGCAGCAACAGUUCACCUUCAUUGCGGCUCUGGAGCACUGCCGGGAAAAUGCCCAUGACAAAAUCCGGCCCAUCUCCAGUAUUGAGCAGGUGCAGAGCUACAUGGAACAUUACUGCAAUAACUCCACCGACCGGCGGAUUCUGCUCAUGUUCAUGGAUAUCUGCUCCGAGCUCAGCAAGCUCUGUCAGCACUUUGAGGCCCUGCACUCUGGCACCCCUGCCACCAACAGCCUUCUCGAGAAAUGCAAAACCCUGGUCAGCCAAAGCAAUGACUUGAGCAGCCUCAGAGCAAAGUAUCCGCACGAUGUGGUUAACCACCUCAGCUGCGAUGAGGCCAGGAACCACUAUGGAGGCGUGGUCAGCCUCAUCCCUAUAGUCCUGGACUUUAUGAAAGAGUGGAUUGCUCAUUCCGAGAAGCUGCCUCGCAAAGUGCUGCAGCAUGUGAGUGAAAUCCUGGGUAACCUGGCAACCGCAGCACCAGCCACUACCAGACCUGCCCAGACCACGGUUACCCAGAAGUGGUUAGGAAAACAAAAGUAUAGGCAGCUUGCAAAAGAGAGCAUCAAACCUAGUGGGAAAGACAAAGACGCCCAGAAACCUCCCUGGAGGCCACCUGGUGGGAAACUGUAACUACUGUCAAUGUACUUGGCUUCCACUGGUCAUCCAUUCUCACUGGGGCCAAUACACUAUUGAGAAUCUCUCUCUCGCCUUUCACUUCUAACAUUUCCGCCUCUUGACCUCCGUGUUGAUGAAAGGAUCCCCUCUCAUGGAGCUGCCCAGACAAUAUGGUGUUGGCAGGGUGUGCCCCAGAGGAAGGACGAUGUGCUGAUGCCCAGGCCUCCUGCCCGCACUGUGGCCUCUGGCUCUGUAGCAUGCCAGCUGGAGGGGAGUCCGCUUAGCUCUUUGUCCCACAAGGGCAAACUGAAGAUGAACUGGAAGGUCUCUCAUGAACAGGUGUGUGGGGAUUAGAAGGCUGAGCUCACUUGUGUUCAGGUCUUGAGACCAAAAUAAGGGAUGUUUGCUCUUUUAGUUGAGAGAGGGAGACCAUGGCAGAAGUCAGAAGAAUUGUUUUGUGUCUCAUGAGCAAGACAGCAGCCUGGUCUUGAUGGCAGUCUAGUCUACCCACACUAUAAGAUGUAUAAUCCUGGCAUCUCAGCUUGACAGUUGUGAGGUCUGACUGUUGAUUUUUCCCUUCACAGGGGACGACUUAGCUUCUGUACUGUUGCUUCCUCGGGGGGAGACAUUCAAGAAUAAAGUGUUCUACCACUUCUC